AUGGCUCACAUAGUUGCUAAAGGUGCUGCUAAUUAUUUAAUUGCAUUGAACCAUAAUGAAGAUGUGCUCUACAGGGUCUGCACGAGAUAUCCAAGCCUUCGAGAAAACAAUGCUUAUAACAUCAAAAACUAUGACUACAUUAUGCAAGUGAUACCGUCAGCAAUCAGGAAAUAUAUAUGUCCAAUAGAGCUGGUGGAAUUAGAUACUGAGAUAUUCAAGAGGUGCUCUAAUGUUCCAAUUAAGGCCUGGGACUCAUCAAGCGUUGCUUGCUUCAAAUUGAAAAAUUUGGUACCCAAGGAUACAAAACCCAUUAAGCUUGACCAUUACACUAAAUUACACAUAGGCAACAAAAAGAUAAUCUGGGAGUUUAAACCAAAGUGGUUGAGCCAGGAUACUGCAUACUGUAGGAAUUGCACACUGAAUAAUCUAAGAGGACAUUCCAUUCCCUAUUGUUAUGCCCAGUUAUUGGAGGAUUCCAAGAUAGCUGAAGUAAUAAAUCUGAUCUUUAAGGACAUUAAUGUACCAGAAGAGUUUUUAAUUGACCUCAAGGCUUAUUUAAGAAGUAACACAAAUGUCCUGAAAAUAAUCUUCAUUGUACAGGAACAAGUUGACAAGAGUUUACAAGCAUCCGCUGCUGGAGAGUCAAUUGACCACUAUAGAUUAUCAAUGACAUUAAAGGAUUUGACCUGUUUCAUCGAAUGGAAACCCGAGUCUCCUAUAGAGGCUAAAAUAGUUGAUCUUGACCAAAAGCCAUCAGAUAAACUCGAUUGCUGGGCUGAACUUAGAAACCAAUUGGAAACAUUUCACGACAAAGUUACGCACUAG